GGAAUUUCGCAUGGGAAAUCGACAGUAUAUGAAAUUAUAUAUGAAGUUUGCCAAGCAAUAUGGCUCGCUCUUCAACCUAUUGUUUUACCCACAUUAAAUGCUGAAAAAUGGAAAAAGAUAAGUGAAGACUUCUUUUUUAAAUGGCAAUUUCCAAAUUGCAUUGAUGGCCGCCAUAUGGAAAUACAAGCACCUCCAAACUCAGGGUCUUAUUUCUACAACUAUAAAGGAUAUUUUAGCAUUGUCCUCCUGGCGAUGUGUGAUGCUAAUUACAAAUUUACAUGGGUCGAUGUUGGUCAAUUUGGUUCAUUAAGUGAUGGUGGCAUAUGGAGUCAGACAGAUUUGGCUGUUGAUUUAGAAAACGGUACAGCAGGCUUACCUGAACCCACUCCUUUACUACAAAGAAAUAUUCCUUUUCCGUAUGUUGCUGUAGCUGACGAAGCAUUUCCGUUAAAACCGUAUUUAAUGCGUCCUUUUCCAAGAAGAAUGAAUAAAAUGACAAACGAAGAGCGUGUAUUUAACUAUCGCUUAAGCAGAGCAAGAUUGUGUAUAGAAAAUACUUUUGGGAUUCUUUCUUCUCGAUGGAGGAUUCUGCACAAAAGGAUGUGUUGCUCAGUAGAGAAUGCACAUAACAUUUGUAAAGCCCUUGUGUGUUUACACAAUUUUGCUAUGAUCCAUAACAAUAAUCAGCGUGCUGAUCAAUAUUGUCCACCUAAUUGGCUAGAUGUAGAAGAUACAGAAGGAGGAUUAGUAGAAGGUCGUUGGCGUAUUAUAGGGGCUGGACAAUAUUUCAAAGAAUUGUCAAGAGUGGGACCUAACAGAGCUGGAGCUGUUUCUAUAGGUUUACGCAAUUAUCUUAAAGAUUAUUUUGUAUCACCCAUUGGCAAUGCUCAAGUACCUUGGCAAUUUGAAAAAGCAUUGAGGAAAUCCAAUAUUAAUAUAUGUGUUUAGAGUGUAUAUGUAGAGUGUAUUAAUAUAGUACGUGUGUAUAUAUAGUUUCUACAUCUCUCUCAUAUGUGUUAAAGUCAGAUAUCAAAUAUAUUACUUGUAAAUAAACUUUUUAUUA